AUGAAGAAGUCCCUAUGGCGAUCAGACAUGUCAAAACAGUGCUUCGCCACAGCGAAUGGAAGCCGAGCUGCCAAAGGAUACGUUCAUCGGUGGAAGAGCCAGAAAUUGGUACUUCGUUUUGCAAAUCACUUUUUCCUGCAACUGUGGAAUCGUGACAACAUUGACAAUGUACAGAUUGUGUUUAGGGAGGAUUUUGGAACUGAGGGUCGGGGUGGAUAUUUUGAUGAAUAUGGAAUCAUUCGUGAUAUUAUUCAAAAUCAUCUAUUGCAGAUUCUUUGCCUCAUUGCUAUGGAGAAGCCUAUUUCUCUUACACCUGAGCAUAUUCGAGAUGAGAAAGUGAAGGUGCAUCAAUUAGUUUCUUAUGUCUUCUACUGACUUUGCAAUGCCAGUAUUCCAGUCCUUCCAUAUGAUGUUUCUUAUGUCUUCUACUCACCCUACAUCAUGUCAGGACGUAGUACAGCUAAUCUAUAUAGGAAUGUCCAGUGCAUUACUGAC